AUGUCAGCCCGCCCACCCAUGAUGGGCCCCUUCUUCGCCUUCGGCUCCCUCCCAUUUAUGGACAUGCACGACUGGGCCAGAUCCACCUCCUACGAGUCCAGACAAAGAGAGCAAGCCAGAAUUGCCCGCAAGUUCAACGAGCGACGCUACAGAGCCGAGAAAGCAGCGGCUGAAGCAAGGGCCCGGCAGCGCGAAGCCCUCCUCCAGCAAGCCAAGCUCGAGCAACGCGACUUCAUCGUCGCCUCCAAGAUGCCUGAGCUCGUCGAGAACCUCCGCAUCGCAGCCGACGACAGACUCGAGAAGUAUCUCCUCAAGCUCCGCCAGCGUGACCAUCUGGAACUCGCGUCGAGGGAUAUGUGGCUGAUCAAUCCAUCGGUCUUCGACUACCAGCCCUGCGAACUCUGCCCAGAUGAGAUGGCCUACCCAAAGACAUUGCCGUGCCGAGGCAAGCACCAGUUCUGCGAGAAGUGCAUCAUCAAGCGCUUCGAGGAGUCGAGCGAGAAGGUCUUGAAGUGCCCGACGUGCCGCGAGGACGUGGAUCAGUGGUAUAUGGACCGAAAGACGAAGAUUUGCAGCAAGCAGGUGAAGGCGUUCCAGAAGGCGAUUAAGAAGGUGAUCGUGGCGGCGGAGAAGCAGGUGGGGAUCGAGAGAAAGUGGUGGUGGAGUGGACCGACGGCGGAGGAGAUCGAAGCUUGGCAAUUCAGAGAGUGGUGA